AUGGAUCAAGGAAAUGUCAAGGCGAGCGCUGGAGCUGCCAUUCGAAGCCGUUCUCGACGGGCCAAGACAGAGGGAACGAAUCGUGAGAUGAAAGGCUUGUCUCGACGAUUAUCGCUUGGAUCUAAGAGAACCGCCGUCGUUCAGAUCAUUUCAAGCCAAGUUCAAUCUGCACGCCAAGCAGCUCGACAGUCACUGGAUUCUUUCUCUACAGGCCCCUUAUUCGAGGAGAAUGAUUUAGCACGCAUUGAAGAUGCUUUGUUUCAAGCUCAUCUCACAGGCAAAUCGGCCGUUAAAGCUAUUACUGACGAUUUGAAAGAAAUAGAAGAUCUCGUGGCACAAAUUGAGAAGAGGGAACUUGAUGAAUUUUCCUCUCGGACUGGUUUGCCGGUGGCAGCGGUGAAGAUUGCUGGAAGAUUCGAGUUUGGUCCUGAAUAUGAAGAUGGAAUGUGCGAUCGUCUUAAGUCCGUUUGCAUUGUUUGCAAAUAUAAACUACGGUGUCAAGAGGACAAAUUUGGGGAUUGGGGAACGCAGCUUCUGAAAUUUGUUGACUUUGUCAUUUCACGCAAACACUUGUUACACUUUCUCCGUAUUUUUUGGAGAUUGAUGGGUGAUGUCAUGAGUGAAACUGAGAAAGAAAAUGGAUGGGUGACGGUGAAAGGAUUGGCAUAUAUCGCAAUGGCCCAAGCACCUCUGAUGAAUAACAAACCUUCACUUGUUGCUGCUGCCAUUAUGCGGAUAGCUCUUCACCUGUUUUUUAAUCGUGGUCAACUACCGGAGGAUAAAGUUCUCGAAGUCAUCUCGAGCCUUCUACAUGAAGAAAGUCAAUACGUGCCGAUCGCCACAAAGCUUUUAGAUUGGGUUUUGUCUGGGAAGAUGACAUCUAUUCCAAAGAUCAUUCGUGUGUUUGAAGCCAAUCAAUAUCAUCCCACAAGGCCAUCAAAGCAAAUUCAGUUCGGUUUUCGUGAAAUUCACUGGGCAACCUGCAAGCAAAAACUAGCUCAACUAACUUGCAUUCUGGUC